CUGUACUUGCUGAUUUGAAUUACCUGUUGAACAGGUGAUAGAAGAAAACAGUAAUGAGUAGCAGAUCAAGUUUGGCAAAUUAGGGUCUCCUGACAAGACAAAAUAAUUGCUCUUACACAAAGGAGGUUUACCUUUAGUGUAAAGAGAACAUUUUUUUUUAUUUUUGAUCAGAGACUUGCAGCAAGUCAGCUUGGUGUUAGCAAAACAGGAUUUGCACGAUGCAGAUAUUUCUUUUUUCUUACUCGAGUACUUUUGUUUAAAAAUGUGGAUGACUUAAUGGAAGAGUAAUAACCUUCUCAAAGUUUUAAGGACAACAAUAAAGAUUAAAAGGAGGUACAGUUAUAUAUACAAGUGGGAUGUGAGACACUGACUUUUCAUUUUUAUCUAUUGGACUUCAGACUCUGUCUGGAGAGGAAAAUUUCCUGAUUUACCUUCGCAGAGGAACUCACAUUGUGAGAGAGAGGAAAAACAUGGAAGAAUGCGCUUCUGCUUGAGUAAAUCAGAGGUUGGCUGAUUGAAUAAGAGAGUCACUGCAGCAAAUACAUAUAAUCCUGGACUUUGACACCUGGCAAUUUUUGACAUCAAGUCCAAUUAUGUCUUCUAAUAACUACACCUCAGUGGAGCCUUAGACACUGCUUCUACAGAAACAUAAAAACAUUGCAAGAUGAAUAACACCACCAACUUGAUAAUGUCCAAUAUACACAGCACAAGUGAUCCCCAAGCAUCAGUGUCAGCCAAUCAGACCAUGCAAGAUCUGCAUUCUGGAACUUUGUCUCAGACCUAUUCUAGCACAUUGCUGGAUGUUACCAGCACAGCAUCGGCAGUCACAAACUCCAACAGUACUGCAAGUCCAAUUUUUUUGACCACACCUGCUGCCCAGGGAAUCUCAGGGCUCUUUGUCUGGCUUGCACUGCUUCUCACUUGUCAUCAGAUCUACAUGCAUCUACGAAAUUACACAAUUCCAAAUGAGCAGCGCUACAUCAUCCGGAUACUUUUCAUUGUUCCCGUUUACUCCUUCGACUCCUGGCUGAGCAUCCUCUUCAUCAGUAAUGAUCAGUACUACGUAUACUUUGACUCUGUACGUGAUUGUUAUGAAGCAUUUGUCAUUUAUAAUUUUCUCAGUCUGUCGUUUGAGUAUUUGGGUGGGGAGAGUGCCAUUAUGUCAGAGAUCAGAGGAAAGCCCAUCAAAUCCAGUUGUCUGUAUGGAACAUGCUGUUUACAAGGGUUUACAUACUCCAUUGGAUUCCUACGAUUCUGCAAGCAGGCAACCCUUCAGUUCUGUGUGGUGAAACCUGUGAUGGCCAUUCUCACGAUUAUUCUACAAGCAUUCGGAAAAUACCAUGAUGGAGAUUUCAAUAUCCACAGUGGCUAUCUGUACAUCACCAUUAUCUACAACGUCUCCGUGAGUCUGGCUCUGUAUGCACUUUUCCUUUUCUACUUCGCCACAAGUAACUUGCUCCAGCCAUUUGAGCCUGUGCUCAAAUUCCUCACGAUUAAAUCUGUCAUCUUCCUCUCAUUUUGGCAAGGGAUGUUACUGGCAAUCUUGGAGAAAUGCGGAGUCAUUCCUGAAGUUCAGAUCAUUGAUGGCAAUGAGGUGGGAGCUGGAACAGUUGCUGCAGGCUAUCAGAAUUUCAUCAUCUGCAUUGAGAUGUUCUUUGCUGCCAUUGCAUUUCGAUAUGCUUUCACAGUCCAUGUUUACAGAGAAAAGAGAGAUAACAUGACAGUUACCUGUGCUCCAAUGCAGAGCAUCUCCAGUGGCCUGAAAGAGACCAUGAAUCCUAACGAUAUGGUACAAGAUGCAAUUCAUAACUUCUCUCCUGCCUACCAACAGUAUACACAACAGUCCACACAGGAUGUACAACUACCAGACACAAAAACUCCUGCAGCAGACAAACCCAGCCCCCUACGAGUCUUCAAAAAGAGUACAGACAAUGAGAAAAGCAUGCUAAUACAUUCUGAUGACUGACUGUAGCACAAUGAGGUUUGAAAAUGGGCUCCAGUGACUUGGAAGUUAAGACCCACUGACAAUCUGUGGAGUAACAGACCCUAUUUUCUGAUUUGUUGAGAGACAAGCAGCUUAUUGGAAAACUCUUAAGACAAUCAUUUUUAGACAUGACUACAUGGGUCUGGGCAUUGUUUCAAAAGUCAGUGGAUAAGGCUUUUAUGUCUGAAGCACAGCAUAAUCUGAAAUAAUUAACACUAAUGCAUCACAUUUCAAAAUGGAGUCCUUCACAACAUAGCCAUAAUAGAAUGUACUAGGAGAACGUAUGUGCCUUGAGCGCUGAUUCACUGGAGGUCAUGCCAGUCAUGGCAGCAGCAGCACCUGACACAGUUUACAUAAGAAGAAAAACUGAAUACCACUAAGUACCUCUGCAAUAACUAAUUUAUAUUACACUGCUAAUGUUGUCUUGUGUUAACACAGUUUAUAAGUUUGCCUGAAGAAUUAGAAUUGGAAUUUGAGCCAUAUACAGCACUGUUAACCUGUUCACUGUAUUAUUCUUUAGUUUGUGUGGCUUUUAAACAUUUCUUUCAGUUUCAUUACCCAGUAAUUUUUGCCUAACUAUAGAACUUCUGUGUGCUUCUUCAGUUUUCUUGUAAAUUGGCCAUAUUGAAAAUCAGAAUGCUUAUUUAAAUGUACUUCUAAUUAUGUUUGUUUUUUGAUAAAUGCAGUAUAUUUUUAUAUCAUAUCCCAAAUAUAUACUGCUUACUGUGUCUUAAUUAAAGUAUUAAAAGGCCUCAUUAUCUGAAAAGGUAAGCAGCUUAUUUUGAACUAGCUUGGCCUAUGAGAUAAGAUAAUUUGAUUUGUUCUAAUGAUAUGUAGCAUUUGCGCUGAACAGAACAUGACUAGUCACAAGGUCCUGGGCAACAUCUACAUACAUAGCAUACAAAUAAUUCAAGCACGAGCAUUAAUGUCUUUCUAGCUUGCCAAUAUACCAAAACAGUUGUUCCCAUAAUAAUUGUCUAUGCUGUUCUUAAAAAUAUCUAAAGUAGUGCUUACUUUA